CGGUUGGGUGCUACCAAGACUGUCAAAGGUGCUGGGUACGUGGGGCUCAGCCCGCAUCUGCGGGGAAGUCUGAAGCAUGGGAGAACUGUACAGAGACCAGGGCUCGAGGGUGACAAGAAGUCCAUCAUAAAAUUUGAAUUUAACCCCAAAGAUGGGAUCGACAACCCUGCCUUGUCGCUGACUGAGGACACGGAGGGUGAGGGCCUGGGGGAGCCCCGCUUCUAUCUCCUGAGCAAGGGCAGCACGGAGACCUUCGGCUUCUGCCUCCACGAGGAACUGGGCUGCCGGGGCCAUGUCAUCCGGCAGAUCGAGCCGGGGGGUCUGGCCCAGCGCAGGGGGCUGCGGGACGGGGACCGGCUCCUCCAGGUUAAUGGCCACUUCGUGGACCACAUGGACCACCGCAGGGUGGUGCAGAAGAUCAAGGCCAGCGGGAACCAGGUCCUACUGGCAGUGCUGGAUGGCGACUCCUAUGAAGCAGCCAAAGCCCUGGGCAGGGACCUGUCCCAGAUGCUGCCGGCUGACAUCCGCCCACGCCUCUGCCACAUCACACGAGACAAAAGCGGUUUUGGCUUCGGUGUGUCAGGUCCAGAAGGCACGAAGGGCACCUUCCAGCUGUCAGUGCGGCAGGAUGGGCCAGCGGAGAGAGCAGGGGUGCCACCAGGCUCCUGGCUCCUGGAGCUGAAUGGGGCCAGCGUGAGGAGCUACUCACAUGCGCAGCUUGCCAGAAAGCUUAAGCAGAGUGGCAGCAAGGUGACGCUGCUGGUGGCGUCCAGUUCUGUGGAGGAGUUUUACCGCCUGCGGGGCCUGCGGGUCACGGCUGCCGUGGCAGACACUUCCUGGCUCCCCUUCAAGGUCCGGGAGCUGCACAUGGUGAAGGGUCCGGCUGGCUAUGGGUUUCUGCUCAAGGAGGAUGAUUGCAGCUCAGGGGCCACAGGCCAGUUCUUGUGGGACAUAGAUGCGGGACUGCCGGCCGACCAGGCAGGGAUGAAGGAAGGGGACCGUCUCCUGGCUGUGAAUGGUGAGAGCAUCGAGGGGCUGGACCACCAGCAGACAGUGCUCAGGAUCCGUGCCCAUGAUGACCAGGUCACGCUGCUGGUCAUUGACCCUGCUGGCGAUGAGUUUUACCAGUCGAUUGGGCUGUCCCCUCUGCUAUUCUUUGAGGACAGUGACCCUGCCUCAGGCUCCUGCACACCCUCCCUGUCAUACCCCAGUGGCUCCCCUGGACUCUGUCACAUUGAGGUGGGACCAAAGGGACCUGGCUUCUGGCUGGUGGCUGCUGCCAACAGUAUCGGCAUCACACAGAGCCGGCACCAGGAGGAGCAGAGGAAGCUGCGCCAGGCGUUCUAGAGGCCCAGGAGCACCCUGUCUCCAGCCAGGCUCCUGCACACAGCGCCUCGACCCAAGCCACCUCCAGCUCAUCAGUGCCCCUCAACUGGCUCCCUGCAGAGCACAACGCUGCUCGUCAUGGCCGUUGCACGCAUAGCUGCUGUGUCUCUGUGCCUGUGGUGGGGCUCACAGCAUCACACCUCCCAGAGACUCAACUCCACUGACCAAGGAUGACUCCAAGAUGUUAUUAACCAUGGCAGUCAGUGGCUUCUUGUAACCUAAAGACAGACCGAUGUCUUUGCCUGCCCAGCUGCCUCCAGGGGUAUCUAGGGACAUUGCACUGAAGCUCUUGCCCAGCUCCAGGCUCUGGGAGCACCCAGGAGAGCCAAGGCACUGCACUCCAGGCUGCAAUCCAGGGGACUGGGAAGCCUGAGGCCUGGCUCAGCCCAAGACUGGACUAUGGGCUACUGUGUGAAGGGGAAAGUGAGCAGCAGAGGCCGAUGGGGUGCUGGAGGAACCCUCCACCUGAGCCUGUGGGCUCAGGUAUGCCCCUGCAUGGAUAUCUCUUCUGUGCUCCUCCUCUCAUCCUCCCUGUGAACCUGUGGGCAGUGAGCAUCUGCCAGUCAUGACAGCACUGUUCCUGCAUCACUCAUUUGGGGUGUGAUUAAACAACACAUCCACACUG